UAUUGACUUGGUCUUGACAAAACACACAGAAUGACAAAUAUUUCACAAAAUGAACUUCGUAUCGACAUGGAAGAUACAUCUGGAAACACUACAUACGCUCAUUAUGAUUCAUUUAAAGUCAGCAGUGAAAGUGAGAAGUACAAGUUGAAUGUUGGAGGUUAUAAUGGUACAGCAGGAGACUCGUUGAAAAAACAUAACGAUAUGGCUUUCAGCACCAAGGAUUCUGACAAUGAUUUUGGCAAUAAUUGUGCAGUGGAAUUCAAAGGAGCCUGGUGGUAUCGUUAUUGUCAUGAUUCCAAUUUGAAUGGUUUUUAUCAUUAUGGCAAUCACACAUCGUACGCUGAUGGAGUCAACUGGAAACAUUGGAAAGGUUAUCAUUAUUCUCUGAAAUCAACAUCAAUGAAGAUACGACCACGUGAAUUUGGAAAGAAGAAAUAAAGUUGUUGAA